AUGUCCGCAUCUACGACAGAGCUUGAUACGCAGACGCUUGAGAAAGCCGCCCAGUUGGAGGUGUACAACGAGAAAGGCGAGAAGGUGAAGUUCGGCUCGAUAUUCAAGGACAAGAAGACGGUAGUCGUCUUCAUACGUCAUUUCUUCUGCGGGAUAUGCAAGCAAUACGUUUCUCAGAUCUCCAGCACCGUGCGAGGCGAGGCCUUACAAGCGGCCAAUACCGAUAUCGUGUUGGUCGGUUGUGGCGAGUGGGAGCUGAUCAAAGAAUACAAAGAGGACACCGGAUUUGAGGGUAACGUCUAUGCCAACCCCGACCGAAGCCUGUACAGCGCUUUUGGGAUGGUCGAGAACCUUAAGCAAACGCCGAGUGGGCAGCCCAAGGCUAGCUAUAUCACGCAAAGCGUCUGGAAGACCACGCUCGAAGCAACAAAGCAUACACUGUUCCAUAUCACGCAGUUCAGUAAGAGUGGUAAUAUUUCUCAGAACGGAGGUGAACUCGUGCUCGGGCCUGGCCUUGAGUGUAGCUUCUUUCACCGCAUGGUACACACACAAGAUCACGCCGAGCUUACAGACAUUAUGAGAGCAGCAGGCGUUGCAUACCCCUGA